AUGAAUAAGAUUGCAACACUUAUUGUGGCAAAUUGCCAGAAUUUGAAUGUACGAAAUCUAUUGGCCUCGGGAAUUGGACGUUUUCCCGAGUUUAUUGGUUAUGGAUAUGGCCUGCUACUCGUAGCAGUGAAUAUAGCUCUUUUUAUGACGGAUGGAAACCAACGGAAAGGCGAAGGAAAACCCGUCUCUCCCAAAGUUCCUGAGACCCCAGGGCAGCAACAGCAGCAGCAGCCACCGAAGACUUCCCAAAAAGGACCAGUCAGCGCCGUAGUCGUCCAUAACAAACGGAAGCUCGGAGACGUCGUUUCAGGAUACAAGAACCAGUUGCAGAUCCUGAAGGACGAGAACUCUGAUUUGCUGCAGGUUGUGAAGGACAAGGACGAAAGCAUUUACAAGCUGACGGAGGAUAUUGAAGGACUGAGGGAGAGAGUCCUGGAUCAUCGUCCCAGCAGCAGCAGCAGCACCAGUGAUGGAGGCGUUAUCCCUCGUUCCUCACUCGACGACAACGAGUUUUUGGAGCUGCUGGACGACUUUGUGAAGGACCCCUCUGCUGGAGGUGAGGAGGACUUUCCCGAGCCCUCUUUGCUGGAAGACUUCAAGAGGAGGUUUGUUUUUGAGAUAGUUCUCCAGCAGAAGAGGAAGCUGGGCCGAGCAGUGCGGGAGAAGGACGCUCUGAAGAGGCAACUGGAAUGUCGUCAGUCUGUCAUGUCUCACCAGGAGCCUCGGGAGGAACCCCAAAUUGUCAGCACUCUAGAAAGACGGAUCGAAACUCUUGAGCAAGAGAAGAAGGAGAUGGGAGACAGGCUGGCAAGACAGAUAGAACACCAGAAAAAGACUGACGGCGAGAAAGAGCGGCUCAUCGCAAAUCUGAUGGAGAAGCUAAAACGGCUUGAAAAGGAGGCGAUGGAAAAUGGUGGGGAACUGGAGGAGGAAUCGUCCUCAAAGGAGGCACCUUUAGAUCAACCUACGACCGAUAGCAGCUCGAGCACACAGGAAAGUGAGGCGGCAGCCGCAGCAGUUGAGAGCAUAUUCGACCCUAGUUUUAGGAGUGUAGGAAGUGGAGAGAGGAAUGGACCUGACCAAAUACUGGAGUCGACUUUGGUGAAAACGGCCAAUCGAACAGAUGCAGUAAAACUCCACUUGGAGGAACGAGGUGUGGCUUCCCGCCAGCCAGUCUCCGUGCCCACCCUCUUCAAACAGAAGGUGGAGGAAUAUGAAGACAAGAUCGCUCUCCAAUACAAGGAGGACGGAGAGUGGAAAGGAAUAACUUACGGGGUAUAUUACCAGCAGGUUAACUUGGCAGCAAAAGCCUUCAUCAAGCUGGGCCUGAAGAGACUGCAUGCAGUGUGCAUGUUCGGCUACAACCACCCCUGUUGGUUCAUGGGCCAUCUUGCUGCCAUUUUUGCAGGCGGCAUUGCAGCUGGCAUAUACCACACCAACGAACUCGACGCUUGCGAAUACAUAGCGCGAGACACCAAGGGCUCCAUAUUUGUGGUGGAGGGCCCGAGGGAGGUCUCCAUCAUGAAGGAAGUGCAAGAACGGCUGAAUGCAAAGCUGGUUAUUAUCCAGUACUCUGGAGAACCAGAAGAUGGAGACGUUUACAGCUGGCAGGAUUUAAUGGACAUUGGCGAAAAGGAGUUGGACAAAGAGCUGGAGGAGAGGCUCACCCAGAUUGCAAUCAAUCAGUGCUGUGCCCUCAUGUACACCUCGGGUACCACUGGCAUGUCGAAAGGUGUCAUGCUCAGCCAUGACGCUCUGACGUGGAUGAGCACAGUAUGUGUCGAGUAUUUAGGCAUCAAGCCGGGAGAAGAGACCUUACUGAGCUAUUUGUCACUUGCUCACAUAGCAGCUUUGAUCCUCGAUUUGUACGGCUCAUUGGUAUCCGGUGGCAAGGUCUACUUUGCGGACAGAACAAUCACACAGGGCAUGAAUUUAGUGACGACACUGCAAGAGUUGCAGCCGACAUUCUUCUUCACAGUUCCAAGAGGGUGGGAAAAGAUGGCUGAGAAUAUUCAGAGGGAAAUUUCCAGUCUCCCUUGGAUAGUACAGCAGAUUGUAGGUCUGGCUCGUAAAAUUGCAACAAAAUACUCUGAAAGAAUCCAAGCUGGAAGCCUACAGAAGCCGCUAGGCUAUUCGCUUGCUGACAAAUUACUGUUCCAGAAAAUAAGGACCAAGUUGGGUUUACAGAAUUGCCAGACAAUUAUGUCGGGUGCAAGCGGCCUGUCGGUAGAUGUUUCGCAAUUUUUCCACAGUCUAGGCAUUUUAGUUUUAGAAACUUAUGGAUUGUCAGAAACUAGUGGAGGUCACACUAUAGGCAUGCCAAAUGACUUCAUGAUUGGAGCGAGUGGUUCGGUAAGAGAAGGAUUUCAUGUAAAAAUAGAGGAUCCAGAUGACGAAGGCAGGGGAGAAAUAUUGCUGAAGGGACGGAACAUAGCAAUGGGGUACUUGAAUAAAGAGGAAGAAACAAAUGCAGCCAAAGAUGAUAAAGGCUGGUUCCACACAGGUGACAUAGGCAUGAUUGACGCCAAGAACUAUUUGCACAUAACAGGUCGUCGAAAACGACUGAUAAUCACAUCACAGGGAUACAACGUCGCUCCGGAGCCCAUAGAGCUCAAGGUCAAGGGUAAACUUCCCUGUGUCAGUUUCCCAGUCCUUGUCGGGGAUAACAAGAAGUUCCUAUCGAUGCUUCUCCCCAUGGCGGCAGAGAUUGACCCCACUGAUGGGCUGCCACUCUCCGAUUUGGCCCCCACCACGGUCGCGUGGUGUCGCAGCGUUGGAUCUACAGCAAACACCAUCGAGGAUAUUUUGGAAGGGCCAGAUGAGAUGGUGAUGCAGGCAAUUCAAAAAGUCAUUGAUGAGGUCAAUGCAACAGCUUACAAUAAUCAGCACAAGAUACAGAAGUGGGCAAUUUUACCCUUAGAUUUCACACUUGCAGGAGGAGAACUAACUCCAACUGCCAAGGUGAAGAUGGAUGUCGUUUUAGAAAAAUACAAGAACAUAAUAGAUGAAAUAUAUGAUGUAUGA